AUGCGCGUUCUAUCGCUUACCCUGAUUGUCCUUUUGUGCCAUGUCAUUUAUAGUGAAGGAAAAGGAUUUACUCGUUUCAAAGCGCGUGUCUUGUCGAUCAAAAAGUUUUCAGGCGAUAGUGGAGGUGGAGGUCUAUCUCGCCCGAAGGCCGAAAUUUCUAGCAAUUCUCUCCCAGGGACAAAGGGCUAUACAAAAGGUGGUGAAGGCCCACCUAUUUCAGGAGGAACUUAUCCUAACACAAGAGCUUUAAACAAUAAUUAUAAACAAACAACAUCACAACAUUUUUCAGAAAAUGGUCGCAGUGGUUGGAUGGGUGCAUAUAAUCCUGCAAUGGUCUAUUGGGCUAUUACACCUGCAAUAUUCUAUGCUGGUUACUAUGAAGCUUUUCGCCGUUUUGAUCCAGAAACCGGAGCUUACUAUGCUCCUAAUAUUACUACACAAGCAGAUAAUCCAUCAAAUAUUUUGAUAAACGGCACCGAAUACACAAGCGACGAGGACAAUUACCAUUAUACCUUUAAUAUUAGCACCAACAACGGGUAUCCAAUGGUAGAUCAUGCGUAUUGGGCCACUUCUGAUUUUAGUGCCUCACUUGCAGAUUUUGCUUACCGUCUUACUUUUUCACAUGUCGUCGAGUUUGAUGAUGUAAACCAAAAUGGCAUGUUUGAUCCUGAUCAAGAUCAUCUCCUGGCCGUGUCUUCUCUCCAAAAUGCAGUUUGGAAAGAUCUUUUUUGGGAGGAAGUCCCUAUGCCUACUAAUUCAUCGCUGACCUACUAUAUGGCUACUUCUAAUGCCACUAUACCUUUUAAUGGAAGUAGUAGCUAUUUUGAUGUACAAUUUACAUGGCGCCUAUCUAACAUUCGGUUAAACACAACUGUUUCGAUUCCUGUGCAGCCUAACUCACUCCAAUACGAUUUUAAGGUGGAGGGAUACCCUACCACUUCUGCUCGUCUAGCACUUGUUCAGCUUGUGAAUACUUUUGAGGAGAAUGAGAUUACUUUUGACGUGAACAACACAACCCCUAUAGACGUUGCCACUCAAGUAAGAACCAAUAUUACUUAUGGAAUCUCGAUCGGCAAUUACUCUGAAGGGCGUCUCGAAUACCACAACAAAGUCAAUAUUAGUGAUGGAUCGGCCGCUGGAUGGUACACUGACCUAAGCCCAGAUAAUAUUUCUGCAAGUUCUUACAUAUCUCCGGACGAUUGGAUCUGGGGAAUCUAUCCUCCUUCUAUUGGUAUAUCUAAGCUGCUCUUUGUCUCCAUGCCUUUUCAAAGUGAAAACUCCGUUCCGGUCAAAAAUGGUACUUCCUCCGCCACCAAAACCGCUAAAAAUGGCAAAGUAUCUGGUAUGGUCUCAGGUCUAGGAUUUCUGGAUGUUGAUGUCAUGAAUGCUAUGGCCAUUCCUUCUUCAGGGCUCUCAAACAUAUACAUUUCAUCUGCGGCAUACACUAUUCAUCUUUUUACUACUACUGUGACAUUUAUUAUCUUAAGUGCACUUUCUUUACCAUAA